UGGGUUGGUUUGUUUACAAUCAAAUUCGCGUCCAACUUGUUUGGCAAGAAAACCGUUCAGUGAAAAUUAAAAUCGAAUUUUCUUUAUAAAAUUGAAAAACCGAGCCAUUCUUUCGAGAUGGCGUCGAAUCAGGAAAAGCCAAGCAAAUAUAAAAAGCAAUUUGAACAAAAGUACAACGAACUCGUUCAAUCAAUAAGCGCCACCCACUUCGAAGACUACGACAAACUGUCCAAGGAGAACGCCCUCAAGAUAUUCCAGGCUGGCCUGCGCAACAACAUCCUGUCCCAGUUUAGCGCCGUGUGGGACUACACCGACACGGAGGAGCACCUGCUGGUGCUGGACGUGCUGAAGGCCGAUCCCCGAAACGACAGCGAGAAAAAGUGGCGCCCCACGGACAAGAGCGUCCAGGAGCAGGUGCGGCCGCUGGUCGUGAACAAGCUCAAGUGGCAGAUCAAGUACUACGAGAAGCAGAUCCAGUUCCAGAAGCAGCAGUUGGAGCGUGCGGUACUAAAGAUUGAGCAAGGACGGACAAAAUAUGCAGAUCUACUGGAACGCAGAGAAUCGCUCAAAAAUGCCGUUUCGAACGAGCUUAAGGACUUGAAGAAGAUCGAUGCGCAAAUAUCGGACAUGGCAGACAAAUUGGUGGACGAUUUGCAGAGCUGAUUGGAGCAGAUUUCUUCUGUUGAACUCAUUUAUUUAUCGUUUCAUUUCAAGCAUUUAAAAAGUAAUCUCAUAAAACUAAA